UCUUCUUCUAGCUGGUCUAAAUAAAUAAACGGAUAAAUAUUCAGCGGGCCGAUAGUACCGUGAGAGGUCUCGGAGUGCAUCCAUAAAACAUGCCGGUUCUCGGCGGAAGUGGUGGUCGGAGGAGGAGGAGGAGGAGGCGAGCGAUGACGAAGCUAAAGAAAACCAGGAUCCUCCCGCCACAUGUUUUUCCGCGAAAGGGAGACCCUCGUUGGGAUGACCAGGACUCGUUUUCACACGAAGGGUGCGACUCGGACGGUGACUCGGUGACGUGCAGGGAGAAGUCUCUGUUUGCUUGGAGGAUGCAAGAGGAGAAUGUUACAAAUAGUUGGUCGAAAGUUCCACAAACAACAAUGUCAGAGCGAGUUUCUAGCGAGCUAGGAUACAUGGGGCUCUACUGUAAUGAAAGAACUGUAGCGAAGCGAUGGCGCGAAGGGAUGGAAUACGGAAAGACAACUGCAGACACCACGCUGGAAAGCUUCGGAGGGACUGGAAUAAUCUUAGCUCGCUUGAUCCGGAAUGGAUGGUGCCUGCCGGGGAACGGAUGGCCGCUGGUAAAAUACCCCAACCGGCGAAUAAAUUGCCGAUGGCAAGGUCGCGGACUAACGGCCGCCAGUCUGGCGUCGAUACUCCUGCUGGCGGUUGCACGCGUCAGAUUCGAGCGGGAGGAUGCGUUCGAUACGCAUUGCAACGUGUAACCGCGAGCGCCGCAGGACCGAGCGCGCGCCCACAGUUAUUUCCUCAAUUAUUUGUGUAGCUGACGAGAAAUCGAGAAAGAGAGAGAGAAAGAUGCGCGGAGGAUCGCAUCUUCGAUCAUUCGAUCAGCUGUAACUGAUGUAAUCGCCGUAAUAAAUAGAGAAACUUUUUGCUGUUCUGAUAAAUAAUCAUUUAUAAAGUUACGCAGAUGUUAGAGAAGCGAUGAAGCUAUUGUACAAUCGAUUUUUAUCUAACUAGUACAACACAGGCGCGCGCUAUUGUAUUUUUCAAUGU